ACUUCGCCCGGCGCUGGGGAUCCCGGAGACCUAACUGAGGAUACGCUUCUUGCUAGGGCGUCAUUCGCGGCCUCACAGUACGUUCGGGAAGCGCGGAGUGUCCUCUUCGGGGAGGAGGCGGAGGAGGAUGCCGACGAAUUUUUGGCUGCUUCGAGCCACCCGCCUGCCCAGGCUGGCACUACCUCCAUUGCCGAUGAAACUGAGGACUUUGAGGAUCUUUUUCUAGAACCUAAUGAUGCGGACCAUUUUCCACCCGAUGACCUUGCUGUCUUUCGUGACCCGACUUCUCCAACUGCAGACGACAUCAUCGAGUCGACUUUUGCUGAGGAAGUCCCUGUGUAA